GCCGGGUGUCUAGCGCUCCUGCGUUCGCAGGGAUUGCGGGAGCAGCCGCAGCCAUGUGGGUGGCGUUGGGGCGAUCCCGCUGCUUCUCCCGGACCGGGUCGGAAGCGGGGGUUUGGGGAGGGAGCAGAGCGGCGACGGCCGGAGCCGGGAGUCGGCGGCUGAGCCCCGGGGUCGGCGGAGGCGGCGACAUCGCAGUGCCCGGCCUCAUUCGGGGCAGUCCCCAGUGUCGGGGCCUGCACGGGUCGCCCGUCGCCUGCGGCAAUAAGAAUUUGCUCAAGAAAUUUGCUUCGAAAACCAAAAAGAAGUUCUGGUAUGAAAGCCCUUCCCUGGGAACUCACCUUACACACAAUCCAUCCAGCUUGGAAAGUCUAAUGAAACGUACUUCAAAGAAGACUAGGAAAGAAGACAGCAUACGAAAGAGGGCCCUGGAUGGCGUUCUUUAUCAAGCAUUGUCAGAGUUGAUCUCUACCUUUGAAGUGAAUGAAGAUGUCCAUGAUCUCAAUGUGGAAUUUUCUAAGGUAUCUCUUGCCCCAGAUUUCUCAGCCUGUCGUGUGUAUUGGAAGACAUCCCUCUCCGCUGAGCAGAAUGACCACACAGAAGCAGUUUUACAGAAGAGUGCGUCACGUUUCAGGCAUCUUUUGAUUGCCCAUCAAGUCCUAAGAAAUGUUCCUCCAAUAGUAUUUAUUCGUGAUAAAGAAAGUGCGGCAAUAGCAGAAGUAAAUCGGUUACUGGAAAUUGCUGAUUUUGGACCCUCUGAUGAAAAAGAUUUGACACCAAGUGAUCCAAGUGAACUUAAAGCUUCAGGACCCUCUAUGUCAUCUCAUGUGUCAGAAUUCACCAUUCAGCCAAGUCUCUUUGGAAUUGACCAUGAGGCACUCCACAAACAGAUAAUGGAGUACAAAAGAAACAAAGGGAAACGACAAGAAAGUGUAAGUGUUGGAAGUGCUGAGCAAGAGCAGGAGCAGGUAUCUAUGCUGCAGAAGCAAAUGAAGAAGAAAAUGAAGAAGGCAAAGCGUCCCAUGGAUGAUGACAUUACCCCCCAGGAAUAUUUUCUCAACAGAUAUUAUGAUAAUCAGCUGGACAAGGAUGAUACAUUUUUUGAAGAACAUAAACCAGAGUAUGAACUGCAGGAAUCAUUAGAGAAAUUAGAGUUAGAGGAUAAUAAUGUUUGUAAGGAGCAGAGUUCAUUAACUACAGGUCUUGAAGAAAAUAAACUUAAGAAAUGUUAACUUUUCUGAUGGUUUUUUAAAAAAUUUGGUUUGGUUUGCUAUUUAACAUUAAACUGGUCCUAAAGAUCUA